AUGGCUACAGAUAGCAAUGCGAGAGAAAAUCUUCAUCCCGUAGUUGACAGCACUUCUGGUCAAAGUUCAGUAGUUGAGGAGAAUUGUCGAAGCAGUGAGUACUUCUCAGACAAUUUUAAUAUCCUCGAUCAUAGUGAUUUGAAUUCAAUACUUGACCCAGAUAAUGGCAUCGAAUGGAGAAAUGCCGAUGAAGAAUUACCAGAAAUAAGUGAUAAUGAAUUGCAUAAUAAGUUUUUGCUUGAUCCCAAGUCGUUUGACUCCAUUAAAUUGCGGACAGUUGAGCACAUAAGCAAUAAAGAAUCGAAAACCGGAACUGAACUCGUCACAGAGGGGAAUUCACAACCAGCUGUUGUGCAAGAUUUUUUUAUCAGAGAAUAUAAGUGUGCUUAUCCCAGUUGUGAUGUGAAAAUGAAGAAAAGAAGUGAAUAUACAAAACAUAUCAAAAUGCACGGUAAACCGUUUUUUUAUCAGUGCAAAUUGCCUGGUUGUGGAAAAAUAUUCAGUUGCUCAUCAACAUUUAGCGCUCAUAAGGCAAUUCAUCAACCUAAAGUUCGAUGCGAAAACUGUGGCGAUUUGUUCACUCGUUUUCAGACACUGAAAAAGCACAAAGAAGUUUAUUGCAGAACUCCCCGCCUUAUAAAGGAAGAUUCAAAGUCCGAGCAAAUUGCGGUAAACAGACGAAAAGAUGAUGUACCAAAUUUACAAUUAUCUGUUGUACAAGAUUCUUUCAUCAAAGAUGGACAAAAGUAUAGGUGUGGCUUUUCUGGUUGUAAUGUGAGUAUCCAGGAAACAGCCGAAUAUAUAAAACAUAUUAAAAAGCACAAUAAGCCAGGUGUUAAUCGAUGCAAUUGUGUGUUUGUAAAUAUCUAUGACGGUGGAGUAGCAAUACAAAAUCAAUUAACCUGA